AUGAAGCUCACCUCAGUUACAUUGGCGACAAUGGCAGCGUUUGCGUCGUUUUCAGCGGCUGCUGAAGUUGAAGAUACCAGUGUCACUAGUUCGAGUACGACUCAUAAGUACGGUAGAUUUGACAAGACCAGUAGAAGUCACACAACUACCACUGGCACCCACAGAUACGGUAGAUUUGACAAGACCAGUAGAAGUCACGGAACUACCACGGGCACCCACAGAUACGGUAGAUUUGACAAGACCAGUAGAAGUAAGGCAACUACCACUGGCACCCACAGAUACGGUAGGUUCGACAAGACCAGCAGAACUCACGGAACUACUACUGGUACCCACAGAUACGGUAGGUUCGACAAGACCAGCAGAACGCAUGGUACCACCACCGGUACCCACAGAUACGGCAGGUUCGACAACACCAGAAAGCAUCAGGGAACUGACGUCAACAAGGCAGUUGCAAACGCGGCUGCUCCAGCCAACUUCGGGUCCUUGAAGUUGCUGGGUUUGACCGCCGGCAGCGCUGCCGUUGCAGGCGGUUUGUUGCUCCUAUAA